GUUAGAAACGUUUUUUCGCCCUACUACUAGAAUACAAUACAAUAGCUGCAGCGUGCAAGAACGAACGAUACAGGGUUCGUUCUCUCUUCCACGCCAUUUUCUCGAUCAUUUUCCUUCCUCUCGCUUCCGUUUUCAAUUCUUUCCAGAUCGUCACUGAAUCUCUCCUUCAUCCAACCGCUUUCUUCCUCUCUUGUACUUGAAUCCCGUAAAGUUUGUUGGUUAGCUUUGAGCUGAAUAGAUGCCAGUUGCGAAACUUACUGCUUCAGGUACUCCCAAUUUUAUGAAAACAGAAGACGGAAAUGAUUCUUUGGAUACAUUAAUCAGACAAGCAGUUGGAAAAGAACCUUUCCUUUCGUUUCCUAGGGCUGCUGACCGGCCGGCUCAGUGGAUUCAAUUAUUUCAUGCUUUAGAACAGCAACAAGAAAUUCCAGGGUGGCCUUUGUUCUCUCCUGCAAAGGUUCAGUUAUAUAAGUGCGACAAGUGUACCAGAGAGUUUUGCUCACCCAUUAAUUAUAGAAGACAUAAACGUGUAUACCAUCGGUUGAAAAAGCUUGAUAAGGACUCUAAGAAAAAUAGGGAUCUUUUAGGGGCAUAUUGGGAUAAGCUCUCUAUAGAAGAGGCAAAGGAAGCUGUGUCAUUUGAGAAUGUGACACUAGAGGAGGUUCCAGGGUCUUCAAUUUUACAAGCUCUCUCAACUCUUAGAACACAACAAGGAUUCUAUUCUCUUCCACAUAAUUAUCUCAGAGCUGGCUUUUCUCUUUUGGAUAUUGUUCAAUCCAGGUCGUCUAGUUUCCCCAUAUCUUCCCAGAAGUUGUUCGAUAUUCUUGAUGAUUCCAGUGAAAAAACAUUUUUAUGUGGAACAGCAGUGUCAAUGCAAAGACAUGUUUUUGAUGGAGAGGCUGGAAAGAUUGGUCUCGAACCAAAAAACCUAGUUGCUUGCACAAGUUUCUUGCUAGAGCAGAAAUUGGUGAAUGCGUGGCUCGCAGACAAAGAUGCCGAAGCAUUGAGAUGCCAGAAGCUGCUGAUGGAGGAGGAGGAAGCUGCUCAGAAAAGAAAAGCUGAAAUUUUGGAGAGAAAACGCCAGAAAAAGCUUAGGCAGAAGGCGAGGAGCCGACUUGAAAAUGACACAGAAAUUAAAGGGAGCAUCAGCAGCACAGGAGAGGAUGUAUCACCAGAGGAAGGAUCUUUGGCUGCAUGUGACUUUGAAGCACAUAGAGAAGAUGUAUUUGCAGAUCAUGCUUCUUCACCACAUGUAACUUAUCACUUUCUAGACACCAAUGAAUGUGUCGAUGGGGAUACACAGUCAGGAUACGACUGUGACACUGAUCAGAACAUGGAGCCACAAACAUCAGAAAGGGAUGCACAGUCAGGUUAUGAUUGUGACACUGAUCGGAAUUUAGAAAGACAGACAUCACACAGACAUAACCCUCGGCGCACAAUGGCUGCUAGACGGCAAGGGCUUCCUAAGUCACAACGAACUAUUGCCAAUGGUUUGUAUGCAAGCCAGAACUCUCAAAAGUCAAAGUUUGGAGUCAUUCCAAAAUAUGGAAAUGGAACAAAUCGUGAUCAAAGGGCAGCUCCUACAGUUAAUGGUGGUAAAGUUUGGAGCCGGAAGCCUAAACCAGAAACAGAUGCAGUGGUUUUAAAAACCAGACUGCACAAAGAACCAGCCAAAAUUAAGAAUAAUGAGGUUUUGAUAGGAUCUGUAUCAGUUACACUGGCCAAUUGCAGCCGAUCAGAGUGUCAUCUUGUCACAUCUCAAGAGGACAGUUUAGUAGAGAAUUUGGCCGACCAAAAUGUUGCUCAGGAGAAGCCAAUUAAAACUGACUCCUUUCACGGAGGCAACAAUCGGUCAAGAGUUAAGCUUUGGAGACCAGUUAGCCAGCACGGAACUAAAAAUCCAAUGCCACUUGAAAGUGUUGGGACAGAAGUUGAUGUAGUCUAUGGAAAAGAUGAUCAAAAUUUGUCAGUUCAAAGUAGUUUAAGGUUGUGUAAUAUAGAUGGAGGUGAUAUUGGUUCUGGGAAUAAAUCCCAUAUCCAUGCUGCAAAAGCCUUUCUUGCACAAAGAUGGAAGGAAGCAAUUUCAUCAAAUCAUGUGGAGUUGGUAAUUUCACCUGACCCUGAACCUCCCGGGUUCCAGCCAGUCCAGGAUUGCGAGAUAGCAUCACGUCGAUCUUCUAAUACGGAGAGAUAUAGCAUUCUUGCAAAUACAGAGAACUUGUUGCCUGCAACUACCGGAGUUGCUAAAUCCAAACCCAGAGUAAAGCCUGAUAAGGGAAUCAAGAUAAAGUACAUUCCAAAACUAAAAGCUGCAGCAUAAAUAGAAGAAACAAAGAAAUAGGGGAUUUUUUUUAAUUACGACAGAUAUGCUCAAUUUGACUUAUCGUCAAUUAAUUUAUUAGCAGAGGUUCCCGUUUUACCGAUGGUCUUCUGUCAGCAAAUUGAAGGUAGGUUUUGCCGGAAAGUUUUUUUUGUGAUCCGUCCUUUUCCUUCAAACAGGGAUUGUGCAUUAGGUUUAUUUUUUCUCAUGGCAUUUUUUACUAAAAUUUUGUGUAAUAAAUUUUUUCCUGUUAUUAUAAAAGAGCCUCAUUUUUUAUGGACAUAAAUGCUCUGUCUUCCUCUUCUUUUGGCAUAUAAUUGUCUAAAUUUCUCAGUAGUCUAUUCUUGAUAAUGUUGUGCCCUACUACUUUCUUCUCUACUAUGUCUAGCAUUUUAAGGUUUUUAGUUUAAUGUAUUUUAUAGUUGGUUAAUAAUUAGUAACUUGUGAGUGAAGAUACCAUAAAUAUUAAGUAUCAACAUACCAAAGCAAGCGUUAGUUUAAACCAGC